CGAGCUGAGCAAUCUUCGGGAAAGGACGUAAAUUGUUUCUGUGUUCUGUUCGUGGCCUAAUUUACUGCGUCUUCCGAAGAAGCCAAUAAAGUGGUUGUUCGUAAAAUAAACAAUAUGUUGCUUCGUUUGGCGCUGCUGGCAAUGGCGGUGGUUUCUGGAACCGCCGCUGCCCGUGACAAAAAGUACGCACUAUCGGACAAGUUCAUUGAAGAAAUCAACACAAGAGCAACGACUUGGCGGGCGGGUCAAAAUUUUCAUCCGGACUCUUCGCUCACCUACAUUCGCGGGCUGAUGGGUGUGCAUCCGGAUGCGUACAAGUUCCGUGAGCCGGAAUACCUGCACGAUCUCUCAGACGGAGACGACUUGCCUGAAAGCUUUGACUCGCGUGAACAGUGGCCAAACUGUCCCACAAUCCGCGAGGUUCGAGACCAGGGAUCAUGCGGUUCGUGCUGGGCUUUCGGAGCCGUUGAAGCAAUGUCUGAUCGUGUUUGCAUCGCUUCCGGUGGCCAAGUGCAUUUCCGCUUCUCCGCCGAUGACCUCGUAUCGUGUUGUCAUACAUGCGGCUUCGGUUGCAACGGAGGCUUCCCGGGAGCGGCCUGGAGCUACUGGGUGCACAAGGGCCUGGUCAGUGGCGGACCCUACGGCUCCAAUCUCGGCUGUCGUCCGUACGAGAUUGCGCCCUGCGAGCAUCACGUCAACGGUACACGUCCAUCGUGCGAGGGAGAAGGCGGCAAGACCCCCAAGUGCAACAAGAAGUGUCAGGCCAGCUACAGCGUGCCGUAUGCGAAGGACAAGCGAUAUGGAGCCAAGUCCUACUCAAUCAAUCGUCAUGAAGACCAGAUUCGUAAGGAGAUCAUGACAAACGGGCCAGUCGAGGGCGCGUUUACGGUGUACGAAGAUCUAUUGAACUACAAGGAUGGUGUUUACCAGCACGUUACGGGCAAGAUGCUCGGAGGGCACGCAAUUCGUAUCCUCGGAUGGGGCGUCGAAAAUGACACCAAGUACUGGCUGAUUGCCAACUCGUGGAACAGCGAUUGGGGUGAUAAUGGUUUCUUCAAGAUUUUGCGUGGCGAGGACCAUCUCGGCAUUGAAAGCUCGAUCUCGGCGGGUUUGCCAAAGUUGUGAGAUGGAGAAGUGGCAAUUGUUUAUCAGCCUUUUUACAGGGCACUUGCAAUACACAUUCCAAGGACAGAGAAGGUAGGAAUUCCCGCCCUUUAAAAGAAAACAUUGUAACGUGUACUUGUAACAUAGUUAAACACUGAAUAAAAUGGUUAAAUGUGUUUCAGUUUGAAGGUUAAAAGUAGUCUUACUACGGCCAACAGACAGCCGGUCAUUACUUCGCAUCAUUGUUGUUCUGUACAUUAUUCUCACUCAUUUUUGGCUCGUCACUGUUUAACAGAUAAGAGGUAACACAGCCAUAAUCACAAUGGACAAAAUAUGGUCCGUCUUUACCAGAUAUCGUUUCUACAACAUUUGGAACGCAACAACAUUCUCCCUCUUGGAGGGCUCACACUUCUUUCUACAGGUUAUUAGCAUUGUGGAACUAGGUUUAUACAUUCAUGAAAUGGGGU